CAGAGCAGCCUUGAAGCCAGCACCAUCGCGACGAGCACUCUUCAUAAUCGUGUGUCGUUCUUUGCUGCGUGCAGAACGAAGAAAAUUGUCUGCCGAAUUUUCUGAUGCAUUUUUUGCUAAAUUUUCUCGUUUCGGAACGAUUGAAAAAUGCCCGUAUGCAAGGCGCCAGUCGCGAGCGUUCGAUUGAAUGUAAAAUUGGCCGAUUAGCGGCCCGUUCGAGUGGGUAAAAUCCGGAUUGAACUUUUUUCGCGAGAGGAAGAAGAGGUGUUGGAAAUUUUCCCAUCAGCCUGCUGAGUAGUUUCGAGGUUUCGUCGAGUACAGCAGAGCGAGAAAGAGCCAUCGCGACCGACGGCAGGAACAGACCGCACCGAACGGCUGGAAGACAUUAUUUUCAACGAAGGAAAGCAAGCAAGUGGUGUGUGUUUGUUACGUAUAUAAUCGCUGGUCUCGGCGGAGGGACCCCGUUACCGGAACUAGUGUAGUGCGGUUUGAUCAUAUCGAGUUCGUCCGAUCGUAGUGACCGAUAACUGAUAGUGAAACUAGGGGAAGUGAUAGUGGAGUGAUUGACCAUCCGGAAGGAAGGUGAAGCGGAGCACCGAAAGCUUUGCGUCGUUACGGGAGGCAUAGCGCUGCGGAAUCGGUGGUGUGUGUCAGUCAUUCAGAGUGGAAACCAGCAGACGUCACUUUCUGGCAGUCAUCUGGAACUUCAAAUGUUCCGGCAAGUUCGCUUCCGUGGAAAAGAUAGUGGAUACACUAGCGGAAUAUUUAUCGUUUGUGGCUAACCCAGUCUGUUAUGCUAAUGGCAACAAGGUUACACCUGCUACAGACUACACAUCACCACGCCAAGAAAGAUGUUCACAGAUAUCCACCAGCAGUGACAAGUGAUAACUAACAGAAAGAGGGGCUUAUUUCACACAAAACUACAAACAGCCUCAUCCUAUGCGUAGCAUAGAACGGAAUGGGAUAGUUAAUACUGAUAUUAAAUAUUCAGUAACCAAUCACUCAUAGUAGAUUGAAUCAAUUUCAACGAAGUGUAAUCUAAUUACCAAAGUAGUUUAGUGCAAGAUAGUGAGAGAAGGAUUCUCGUUAGAAAUUUGCAUUGAUCAAGUUCGAAAUUCGAAGAGAAAACGAGCUCGAUCAACGGAACUAGUCUUUGUUGUUUUUUGAAGCGAGUUGAUUAGGGGGGAUAAAAAGUGGCACCAUCAUGGACCGUGAUCGGGAUCGUGAGCGUAGUCCCAAGCGAUCUAAACAUGCAAAGAAGCGCUCCAAGAAGAGCAAAAAGUCCAAGAAAAGGAAACAUGCAUCCAGCGACGAAGAACAGUCGUCGUCCGACGAACGGCACAGCAGAGUUCAUCGCAAAAGUGGCGAAAGCAGUGGUCGUAGCAGUACCACUGGCAACGGAGGUGGCAGCGGCCACCCAACAUCGAAAGGGGUGGUCGAGUAUUCGGAUGUAAGUUCGGAUGAUUUCUCUGCACCGGAGGCGGGCGAAAUUGAAACCGACGGCAGUGUCUCACCCUUCGCCGGCGCGGCCGGAAAUGAGUCUAGCAGCAAUUUUAGUAGGACGAUCAGUAACAACGAAAGAAGCGCUGCGACGACGGUUCAAUUGUACAGUAAAAAUUCUACUCAAAUUCAGCACGACCGCACGAGGGCGAUGGGUGCGGCUUCGUCGUUUCCUAGUUCAUCUGCUUCGUUGUCGGUAACAACAGCAGCGACAACCGUCACUUCUCUGUCGGUCAACGUAGCUAACGAAAACCGGACCGAGGUGUCAUCCAGCACGACGCCUGUGCCGGUCGCUUUUCCGAUCGAAUUCAUAUCGCAAGGAGAUACUCCUACCGGUUCCGUUACCGAGGCAGAGGGUGGGCGAAGGGUCAGCAUCACUGCCACGUCGCCUGUUAGCCAAUCACCGUAUUCACAUUCUUCCCGAUCGAAACGUAAAAACUCAAUAUCAUCCGAUACUUCCUCUAUGAAACAGGCCUCCAAGCAUCAGCAUCAUCUUGAAACUCCGGCCUCGCCAACGGAAGACCUGGAACCAGAUGGCGAUCUGAUGGACGAAGAAUUCGUUGAAGAGGAGGAAGAAUAUGAAAUCGUGGAAGAGGAGGAAGAGGAAGAAGAAGAAGAGGAAACCAUAGGACGUAAGCGAAAAAAGAGCAAAAAAGACAAGAAACAUAAGAAGAAUAAGAAGUCCAAGAAACGGAAGAAAAAACGAGCCAAGUCAAUAUCAAGUAUAGAGACCAUCUCGGAGAGUGAAAACUCGUUGCUCGAAUAUAUGGAAUCGCUGACGCCACCUCUUCAGGGCUCUCCCGAAUACGAGAAAACCUACACACCGGUGCGGAACGAAGAAAGUUUAACACCACUAUCGCCUGCAACUCCCCCAAUCCGACCAUCUAGUCGGUCACUCAAUAGUCCGUUUCCCGAUUCUUCCCGUGGCCGGAGUCCGCGAGGGCCACAUCCGACUCGGAAGCUGUACCAAUCAACAUCAUCCCCUCACACUCCUCCAGUUGGCCCCAAAAAGGGAGCUUCUUCCUAUCAACAUCAGCCUCCCUUACAGCAGUCACAGCAUGUUAGCCCUGUCACGAUAAAUGACAGUCCAACGCCCCGUGGCGGUGGUCGGUAUCGACGAACUCCCUCGCCCAGUAACAGGCAUGGUUCUAACCGAGAUCUGCGCAAAAGUCCAAGUCCAAAUGGUCGACAUAAGCCUUACACUCCGCCGCCAUCGAAACGGCGGAGGGAUCGAUCACCACCAGAGAAGGAUUAUUACCGAAAGGACAAGCGCUACAGACCACGGGAACCGGAAUGGGAUUGUCAUGAUCGUAGGGGUGAUCCCCCUCCACCUCCUAGGAGGUACACAAGGAGUCCCAGUCCAGUAGCUAGCCACCGUCGGAGACGUUCGCCGACACCUUCCAAGUCACGAUCUCGCAAGAAUUAUUACAGCCCUUCGCCGGAUCGAAGCAGGAGUCGAGCUCGUUCGAGGCAUCGUUCCAGAAGUCCAAGGCGACCUUCGUCUAAUCGACGGUAUACGAGCCACAGUCGAUCACGAUCGCCCAGGGACAUCCCGUCGGUUAAGAAGUUCGACAUUAAGGAGAAAAUCACCGACACCAGUUUCUUUGCCGAGCUGAUCAAGGAUAAGCAUAAACGUUUGAAGACACUGGAAGAAAUUCUGGGUAAAAAGGACGGGCAAGAAGGGUCUACCAACGCAACGAUGGUUAGCGAAAACAGCAUGUCCAACGAUUGUGUGAUAACGAACGCCGAUGGCAAUAGUAGUGUAGUGACGAAUUCCAAUGGACUAAAGGAUGUUAGUCUGACUGACAUUCCCAUGCCGGACCAGUCGGAUGCGUCAAGUCUACUGGCGGACACUCUAUCAAAAGACAUGGUAGACUCGACAGCAACGUUGGGUGACAGUGCGAGUACAGACUCACGAAUACCUGUGAUAUUGAAUAGUAAAAGCAGCGAAAGUCUCAAUCCAAGUGCCAGUCAGUCGAGUGAAUUUGUUACGUCGGUGGUGACGACCCUGACGGGAGUAGCAGCAGAAUCAAAUCCAACCCCAGCAGUACUGAGUAAACCAAAAAGUCUUACGAAUCUACCGAUGCCACCAGGGGUGAACGUGGCCGAACUAGAAGGUGCUCAAACUCCUAGUCCUCCACGGCAAAUUAGCCCAGUGGCCGGUGCUCAAAUGAAAGUGAUGCCCAUACCAACCCUCACUACGACGGGAGCAAUCACCACAUCAAACCUCAACAGCAACAAUAGUCAUCAUCAUCAUCAUUCACACCGACAUAAGGGUGGCAGUAGUAGUAGCUCUUCUAGUAGUAAGCGUAGUAGUAACGAACACAAACAACCUUCCUCGACAAGUUUGUCAUCGGCGCCUUCGUCCAGUUCGGGUAAAAAGGGUCUACUCAGCUUACCCCUGCCACCAAUGGUACCUGGUUCCGAGGAUCUGAGCGGCGAUGAUGACAUCGGUUCACCGCCGUCUGUGUCUGGAACGCCCACGAAAAAGUCUGGCAGCAAGUACAGCAAAUCCAGCAGUGGCAGCAAGAAACCCAAAGGUCGGCCCCGAAUAUUGAACAGGAGGCACUCACGUAAUAUGCUCGGUCCGAUGUCAGCCUCCGGCGGAAAAGAUUGGGGCGAACGAUGCGUGGAUGUGUUCGACAUGAUCGAACAGAUCGGCGAAGGAACGUACGGUCAGGUAUACAAAGCAAAGGAUCAGGAAACGAACGAAUUGGUGGCCCUGAAAAAAGUUCGUCUGGAGCACGAGAAGGAAGGCUUCCCGAUUACGGCGGUGCGUGAAAUCAAAAUCCUCCGGCAGUUGAAUCACAAAAACAUUGUCAAUCUGCGGGAAAUCGUUACCGAUAAGCAGGAUGCGCUCGAGUUCCGCAAGGACAAGGGCUCGUUCUAUCUGGUGUUCGAAUACAUGGAUCAUGAUCUGAUGGGACUGCUCGAGUCCGGCAUGGUGGAUUUCAACGAGCAAAACAAUGCCGGAAUUAUGCGGCAGCUGCUCGAUGGAUUGAAUUACUGCCACAAGAAGAAUUUUCUUCAUCGGGAUAUCAAGUGUUCGAAUAUUCUGAUGAACAACAAGGGCGAAGUGAAGCUUGCCGAUUUUGGUUUAGCUCGACUAUACAACGCUGACAACCGGGAGCGGCCAUAUACCAACAAGGUCAUUACGCUAUGGUAUCGGCCGCCGGAGCUGCUACUGGGCGAAGAACGGUACGGUCCGGCGAUCGACGUGUGGAGCUGUGGCUGCAUCUUGGGCGAACUGUUCCUCAAGAAGCCGCUCUUCCAAGCCAACCAGGAACCCGCACAGUUGGAAAUGAUUUCACGGUUAUGCGGCACACCAACGCCAGCCGUUUGGCCGAACGUGAUCAAGCUGCCGUUGUUUCACACACUGAAAGCGAAGAAACAAUACCGGCGAAAGAUCCGAGAAGAUUUUGUCUUUUUACCUGCCUCCUGUUUAGAGCUGUUGGAUAAGAUGCUGGAGCUGGAUCCGGACAAGCGAAUAACGGCCGAAGCAGCGCUCAAUUCAGCGUGGCUAAAGAACAUCGUGCCUGAUCAGAUGCCCCCUCCAAAACUGCCCACGUGGCAGGACUGUCACGAACUGUGGAGCAAGAAACGACGAAGGCAGCUACGCGAGCAACAGGAAUCCGCCGCCAAUCUGCCGCCCGGCAAGCCAACCAUGGCAAAGGUAGUCGUCGCUACCGUUGGCGCCGGUGCCGGUGCCAUUCGGGCGCCCACAGCCGGUGGCGGAGCCGAGUUAGGUUAGGCCAAAAAGUUAGUUUGCUAGGGAAAAAAAAUCAAAUUGUGUGUACCAAAACGAACUGGCUCAGUGGAGUCUUCGUGCCGCUGACACAGAGAAAGAGAGACAAUAAAGCGCCGCUGGCGGAUGGGCAGCCCUAAACGGGACGUAAAGUGGAGCGGAUGAUGUUGAUGGUGACGCCCAGAAUAUCCAAUCGUGUUUAAUCGUGGACCGCGACGAGGCAGUGAAGCACGGCGGGGAAGCUGGUUCUUCCUUCCGGUUCGAAGGGUUAAAAGUUCCGGCUUCUCUUCCUUGUUAUUGUUUAUUUUAGGAUUUUUUUUUUCAUUUUUUCCGAGGGAGGGAAUGAAUCAAUAGACUUAAACAGUGAAAACUGUGUGCGUGUUUUUUUUUUCUAUUUUUAUGAAUGAUCGGAUGUGUGGAAUCUAUUAGAAAAUAUAGUGUAUAGAAAGAAAAGCUAGUUGGAAACCUGUACUAAAAAUGUAAAUAUAAUUUUGUGCAAAUUAAUUGAAGCACCGUGGUAUCAAACCGCUAAUCCAAAUUAAAAUGACUUGCGUGAGCAGAAAAUUAAUUUGCCCAAAAUUUUACUUAUUAGUAAGUUGCUUUAUCGGCAGCGAAUAAGAUGUGAAAGAGAACUAGGUACAUAUGAGAUAGCAUGUUAAUGAAGAUCAAACAAAAAUAUAUUGAAUAUAAAUCUGUCUAGGGUAUCCAGACGUAUCCUUGUAAAUUUGUUAUCGGUUGAUAAUUUAGCGUAAAAGAAAAUAAAAUAUUUUUCACCCA